ACAUGUGAAGAUAAUAGAAGGGAUAAGAUACCCUUUAUCACGAAGUUUAGCCACAUGUAAGUUGCCUACUACGGGAGAGCUCUAACAUGGGAGAAAAAAUGUUGGAGAUGCUAGAAAUUGGACCCUGUGAUAAUCCCUACCAGAUGGGAUUCUUAACAGGGCAGAGGUUUUCUAAAAAGAUUAGAAGCAGGUUAUCUUCUGACCUCGUUCUUCAAAAUCAGCUCCUUCCUUUUGCUAAAACACCAGAAUCACAGGCACUGAUUAAAGCACUCACCAUUAACAACCAAAAGAAAUUUCCAAAAUACUGGGAUGAGCUAUUAGGGACUGCAGAAGGAAGUGGAGUGCCUGUUCUUUAUAUGAUAUUAAUCAACUUCAGAAAGGAGAUUCUUCCGUUUCUUCCAAAGAGUACUGCAGCAAAUUCAAAUGCAGACACCAGCCUUUACAACACGCCGGAUGACUGUUCUGAUGUUCUUGUUGUUAGUGAUUCUAUGGCCAUUGCAGCACAUAAUGAAGAUGCAAAUGUUGCCCUAGUUGGCCACACGUAUAUAAUCAAGGCAACUUUGCCAAAUGGGUUAUCCUUUGUUGGCUACACAUAUGCAGGAGAGCUUCCAAGCUGUGCGUUUGGGUUCAACAGUAAUGGACUGGCAUUUACGCUAAACUCAGUGCCCCCAUCUGAAGCUGAGAUUGUCGCUGGUGGGAUUGGACGGAACUUCAUCUCACGAGACCUCCUCGAAGCAACAAGCAUCGAUGAUGCGUUGAGUAAAAUACAAUCUUCAGAAGUUUCUGUAGGGCACAGUUAUAAUCUUAUUAACAUAGGAACGCGGAGGAUUUUGAAUGUUGAGACCGCAUCAAGGAAUCGAGUUUCUGUUCAUGAAGUUGGGGCAACACCAUUCUUCCAUGCAAACAUGUAUCUCCACCUUCAAGUUGAGCAGGUCGAUGAUGAUAACUCGAAGAGCAGGCAAGAAAGAGCAGCUGUGCUACCGAAAAGAUCAAAAGAUGAUUUCCUGUCACUUCUUGGGGACACGGAUCAUGACAGAUACCCAAUUUACAUGACAGGUCCAACACUAUACACUCUAUGCACAGCUAUGAUUGAUCUGGAUGACAAAACACUAUCAAUUAUUGAAGGAAAUCCAAAGAAUGGAAAAGUUGCCUACAUUUUCUCCAUGUCCUCAAAAGAGUUAAGUCACAGAAAGAUCAACCAGUAUCACUGAAGUUGAUGUAGAAAUCUCUUGUAUCUGACGAUCUUACGCAGUAAUUUUCACUUAGAGCCCCCUCUUCUUCAGUAAUAUUUACUUGCCAUAUUGGCCGUAUUUUCAGGUCCAACACUAUACACUCAAUGUAUGAUUGAUCUGGACGAAAAAACACUAUCAAUUAUUGAAGGAAAUCCAAAGAAUGGAAAAGUUGCCUACAUUCUCUCCUGGUCCUCAAAAGAGUUCACGUCGCAGAAAGAUCAACCAGUAUUACUGAAAUUGAUAUAGAAAUCACUUGUAUCUGAUGCUUUUAUGCAGAUUCAUAGAGGCCCAACAUGUGGCCAUCUAUACACCGCAUUGCUGCAACCUGAUCAAAAGCAAUUUGUACAAGAUCUUAAAACCCUUUAUAACAAUUCCAAAAAAUAUUUUAAAUA